UCAAGCAAUGAUGAACAUUCGCAUCUCAAAUAGCAAAGAAAUAAAUCACACAUUGAGCAAUCGGAUAAAAACCCUGCAGUCAAUGAGAGCGCCAACUUAUAAUGCCCAUGACGACGCAUUCAUUUGGAAUAUCCAUCCGCCAACCAACCAGCAAUCCUUUGAUCCUUUCGGCAUAUUAUCUCCAGUUGUUCUACCUCUCAAAUUAUUCCUACAAUUCUUUUGGAGAUUGAAAUAUGGUUAG